GUUACCUGGAGCAAGGCCUGCUGGUGAAAGAUUCGAAGAAACUGCGAGAAAAAUACCAAACGACGCCUCAGUUCAAAUACGACAUGAUUUCCAUGAUACCCACUGAUCUGCUGUUUCUCAAAUUCGGAUACAACAACCCGGAGUUCAGAUUCAACCGCCUCUGCAAAAUGACGAGGCUUUUUGAGUUCUUCGAGAGGACUGAAACAAGAACCAGCUUCCCGAACAUGUUCCGUAUCAGCAACCUCGUACUUUACAUCCUGACCAUUAUCCACUGGAACGCUUGCAUGUUCUUCGCCAUCUCGAAAACUAUUGGGUUUGGAACCGACACGUGGGUUUAUCCCAAUAUCAGCCACCCGGAGUACGGACGCUUGGCCAGGAAGUACAUCUACUCGCUGUACUGGUCCACGCUGACCCUCACAACCAUCGGAGAGACCCCAGCGCCCGUGAGGGACGUCGAAUUCCUCUUCGUCAUCUCAGACUUCCUUACCGGUGUGCUGAUCUUCGCUAGUAUCGUCGGUAACGUCGGUGCCAUGAUCUCUAACAUGAACGCCUCUCGCGCCGAAUUCCAGGCGAAGAUCGACUCCAUUAAGCAGUACAUGCAGUUUCGAAAGGUCAGCAAAGACCUCGAGGGAAGAGUCAUCAAGUGGUUCGACUACCUGUGGACGGAGAAGAAGACCUGCGACGAGAAGGAAGUCUUGAAGAACCUGCCGGACAAACUGAAGGCCGAGAUCGCCAUCAACGUGCAUUUGGACACGCUGAAGAAAGUGCGAAUUUUCCAGGGUUGCGAAGCUGGCUUGCUGAUUGAGUUGGUGCUCAAGCUGCAGCCACAAGUGUUCAGCCCUGGAGAUUACAUCUGCAAGAAGGGCGAUAUCGGCAGGGAGAUGUACAUCAUUAAGGAGGGGAAGCUGGCUGUGGUGGCGGACGACGGCGUCACGCAGUUCGUUGUGCUCAGCGAUGGUGCGUACUUCGGAGAAAUCAGUAUCUUAGGGAUCAAGGGAAGUAAAGCCGGGAACAGGAGAACGGCUAACAUCCGAAGCGUUGGCUACUCGGAUCUCUUCGCGCUGUCCAAAGACGACUUAGUGGAGUCUCUCACCGAGUACCCCGAAGCCAAAAAGGCUCUGGAGGAAAAAGGUAAAGCCAUCCUGAUGAAAGACAACCUGAUCGACGAGGCCAUCGCCAACGCCGGCGCCGACCCCAAAGACCUGGAGGAGAAGAUCGAGAAACUGCAGACCAACUUGGAUUCGAUGCAGGGAAAGUUCGCCCAGUUGAUGGCAGAGUUUACCUCCACUCAAUCCAGGAUGAAGCAGAGGGUCACCCAGAUGGAGGCCAAGGUCAAAUCCAUACAACCCCAAGACCUGGUCGAGGUGGAGGCCGACAAGGACAAAAAGGUCCAGUAGUGAGAGAGAAACCGGAGGACUUUACGGGAGACCACGGGAUUUUUCAUGGAGGAUGGUUGAGACACUUUUUUCAAAAAAGGACCAUGUUUAUAUCUAUUUAUACAUCUGUCUGUUUGUUAUCAUCAUAAUGUGUCAAAUUGUGUACAGUGUAUGCAGCAGUGUCGAGGAAAACUGUGACGGGAAUACUGAUCGUCAACAUCGUUUCCAAGACGGGAUGGCACCGAUAUGAACAGGCAAUAUCGAGGAAAAGUCGAGACUAAAAUGCUUGUCCCCUUCUCUUCUCCUCUCUCUCAGAGCUGUCCUUGUCCAGAAAAUCGUGCCACCAUCAUGCAUAACCUUGCAAAUGGUUAGGGUGGUGAAUUCUGCGUAUUUUUGACCAAAUAAGUUUGCAUUUUUGCAAGACUAAGGAUAAGAACAUUAGGCGGACUUGAAAGAGCUUCAAACUGUGUUUUUCAUCAGAAAAUGAUUAAAAGAUAAAUGUUCAUGUGAAAUACCUUUUACCAAAAUGACUACAUUAUAGGUUUUGGCUCGACUGAAUUGACGAUCGUUUGGUAACAUUUGACACAAGACAAAACAACAAAAUAGCCAACAUGAAGACAAAACCUUUUAUACUAAAGCAUUUUUAUCUUAUAAUACAUUAAAAACAGCUUCCUAAAGGAACACUGGUAUGCAGCUUGUUGUCAUGAAUGAGUUUGUGGUUCAAAAACCUUUGUGUAUGCGAUCUGUCCUCACCGAAAAAAAACAGACAUAGAGGUUAAGUUGUAUUUACCUUGAGUCGAGUUUGUUAACUGCAUUGAACUGAGUGGUAAUGCAAAGUGUGAUGGAAAAGAUAACCACAAAUGAUAUUCCUUCAAAACUAUGUUAGAAGUGUGACAGAAAACAACUAUUUUCAGUAUGUUUUAUUUAAUUUUUAAUGCAGAAAUGUCAUUGAAUGCUGUUUUCAGCCUCUCAAAUAUGGAGAUUUCGUUUAAUUUCAUAUUGAAGCGAAUAUCUUCGAGUUUGGACGGACAACAUAAGCAUUUGAAAACAGCAUCUUGGACUUUUAGUUACUGGGAUGGACAUUUUUCACUAUUUUCUGACAUGUCACAGGCAUAAAAUGACGAUUAAUGAAAAUGAUCCACAAGUUUCUGACUCAAACGUCACAUAGUAAACUCCAUCCCAAAACUACGAUCUUUUACAACCAAGUCGUUUUGUUUCACAACUUUAAAUCGGACGGUUAUUAAAGUUAUGUUGGGCUUCAUAAGGUUUUGAAAAGAAAAAGGCUUUUUAUAGAAUAAUGAGUUUGUUUUUUUCAAUAUUAACAUUUUACCCCAGAAAACAUAUUGAUCCAUCUGUAAAGUAUGAAAUACAUGUCAUUUACACAACAACACAACAUCCCUUUCAUACUGAAUGUGAAUGUACAUAAAAACCCAAAUGCAGUUCUGUUUAUAAAUAAUAUUAACAUACAUUAUUAGUUGUAAAUUGCGAUGUUAUAUGUAAAUAAACAUUCAAAUGUUUGUGUCUAUACUGUCCUUUUAAGAGAGAAUUCAGAAUUGUUAGUGGAAAUUAUUUCAAUUACAAAGAUUAUAUAUUUUUUUCACCUUUAAUUUAUUUUGCAUAAUAGUUUGCUUUACAUAAGAGUUUCACAUUAACUGCACAUUCUCUAUGUACCUGA